UGUCAAUUAACACUGUUAAUGGACCGUUAGAUUUGAGUGUUAAAAUGCAAUUUGCGCUUUUGCUCUUGACCCAUUUUCCCCAUUUUACCCUUUUAUCCUUAUCCCUUACCCUCAACCACUCUCGUACGACCCUUUCCAUUUUUUCACCCAUUUCCAUCGCCGGCGAUAGGGAGGAGUCCAGGUGAAGACGACGGCGACGACCGCUGCUUCAGAGAGGGCUUUCGAACUCCCUGCAAAAUCAAAACUUCACAGCCAAACACCUUCCUGGGUUCGUCGAGAAGUUUAGUGAAUUGACGGCCAAGGGUAUCGAUACCAUCGCUUGUAUUUCUGUGAACGAUGCUUUUGUGAUGAAGGCUUGGAAGGAGGAUUUGAAGAUUGGGGAUGAGGUUUUGUUGCUUUCUGAUGGGAAUGGAACGUUCACGAAGGCGAUUGGGACUGAGCUUGAUCUUAGUGAUAAGCCUGUAGGGUUCGGGGUGCGGUCCAGGAGAUAUGCUCUUCUUGUGGAUGGUGGGGUUGUGAAAGUUUGGAAUUUGGAUGAUGGAGGACUGCUUCAGAGACGGCUUGCCCUUUGUGCUUCAAAGAGGGCUUUCUUGCCGUCGUCGCUAUUCGCCAAUCGGCGUUCGCCGUCGUCGCUGUUCGCUGAUCACCUCAGACGAGCUCUGCAAGGGGCUAGGUUCGACGGUGAGAGAAGAUGAGUCUUAACUCUCUCCACUCCUUUAGUUAUAAUAAUAUGGGUAUAAUAGGUAAUUCACCUACUUCAGGGGGUAAUAUGGGUAUUUAAAAAGAAAUCUUAAUAGCCAAACUAUGACAGUGUCACUUUUUUUGUAAUAUUAAUUAACUGCUAGGGGAGGUUUUUGUAAUCUUCAAGAACACAGGGGGUGUAAUAAAUGUAAAACACAGGGGUGGGGGAUGGAAAUUGUUUUAUUUUUUAUAAGAAUGAUUGGUGUUG